AUGAAAACUCCAUUUCUUGAAUACGCAUCUCAUGACUGGAGGACCCACGCCCGAACGAACACCACAAGUGCGGGAAACUCAUUUGCGGCCAAACUUCGCGAUCAAUUUGAUACCGAUAUAUCGGCUAGGUUGCUCCUUUCAAAGAUAUACUGUGAGAAGAGAUU